GACUAUACAUGCAUGGUGCUCGAUAUUCACCUAUGUUGACAGCAACUCGCAUACUUGAUUGUAGGUGUAACAUUAAAAAUGGUUACUGUCAAAUAAUAUUAAGUGUCAGACUAAAAAUUAAAAUAUUAGUGAAACGUUUAAAAUGAACCGAUUUGGGUGUGUUAAUAACGAAGAAAUAGACUGUUUUAUAGACAAUAUUACCCCGAAGAAUACAAUCAAAAGUAGAAAUAGUGUAUGGAAUCAGUUUAUGAAAUUUUGCGUCCAGCGCAAAUAUGUUUUAUCAAAUGAUAAAACUGUUGCUGAACUAUGUAAUAUCUUAAAAGAUUGGGCUGGUAACAUGAAAAAAGAAGACGGAAGCGACUACAAAGAGUAUUCUUUAAAGUAUAUGUGGAACUCAACUGCUAAGACGUUACAAGAAAUAUAUCUUAAAAAAUUUAAUAUGAAGAUAGAUCUAUUUCAAGGUAUUGAAUUUAAAAGUGCUCCCGAUGCACAAAAUGCAAAAAGACGAGAAUUGCAGAAUUUUUCAGAGAAAAGGAAACAAAGUUCUACAGCUCUAAGUUUAAAACAUAUACACGAUAUUAUUGACAAAUUGGAUGAACAAACUCCAGACUGUCUCCAAAAGAUUUUAUUUACAACCAUAUAUGUAAUGUCAUUACUAACGACAUUGAAGGUUGGGAAGUGUCACAUUACACACCUCUACUUCCCGCCCUAAUUUCAUCUAUUCUAGAUGAAUAUUUUUUAUAUUUAAAAAAAAUAACACAUUUUUUUGACAAAUUUUAUAAUAC